UGACUACGCUUCCCAUAAUGCCGCGCGCAGCCGCUCCAUGUGGAUAUGGCUGGGUAACGUGCGUGUACAUGGCACAUGCCUGCUGAGGUACGGAGCGCUGCGAGGACUCUCCUUUAACCCACAGCAGACCUUCGAGAGGUGAAUGUCCUGUAGGUGGCACUCUGUAGGUGGAGGAGGUGAUGCAGCGGAUGUGGGCUCCAGUGACGGUGCGGCGUGUGGUCCUGCUGCGCUCCGUGUGCCUGGGUCUCACCUGGGAUAAGGGUGAGCUUCCUGUGACCGUCCGGACCUCACGCUACUUCAGUUGCACUAAUGUCACAAAGACGAAGGAGGGCCACAAAACGUCCACGGAGGAAAAAACUCCAUUAAACCCUCCGCAGAGUCUAGCUGGGACUGAGGGUCUUUAUAAGGCAGAUACAGGGUCUGCCCCUCAGAAUAAGGGUGACAUCGACCCUCUGCAGGACAAGUCUAUCGGGCUCUUUCAGAGAUUUAAAAAGACAUUUAAACAGUAUGGUAAAGUCAUGGUGCCUGUGCACAUCGUCACGUCCACUGUGUGGUUUGGGAGCUUUUAUUAUGCUGCAAUGAAAGGGGUGAAUCUGGUCCCGUUUUUGGAGUUCAUCGGUUUACCGGAUUGGAUGGUGGGAAUUUUGCAGGAUUCCCAGGGUGCUUAUGCACUCACAGCCUAUGCAAUGUAUAAGCUCGCUACUCCUGCACGAUACACAGUUACACUGGGUGGCACGUCCCUGUCUGUACAGUACCUCCGCAAACAUGGAUACCUCUCCACCCCUCCACCUGUUAAAGAGUACAUUCAAGACAAAAUGGGGGAGACCAAGGAACGACUGACUGAAAAAAUGGAGGAGACGAAAGAGAGGUUUUCAGAGAAGAUGGAGGAAACCAAAGAAUUGCUCUCAGAACGAAUGGAGGAGACCAAAGAGCGCUUCUCUGAGAGAAAAGACAAGUUUUCUGAAAAACUGCAGGAGACGAAAGACAAAAUUACUUUUCGUAAGAAAGCCGACUAGGCUGCAUGGCAAUGGGAAGAGAAACAUCAUUAAAAACUUUGUUAUCAGGAGAAGAUGCCACAAAAAGCAUAUCCACGUUUGUCGACCCCAGAGGGUUAAGGAAUGUUCACACACAAGAACCAUCAUCAUGUCGAAAUGGUUUCCAUGCACUUAAAUCUGCAAGUUGAGUGUUUUGGAGAGAAGCAAACUUGAACUAGCAUAAUACUAGAAUUAUAUUAAUCCAAAAUCAUGUUAAUUGUGUUUGUGUGAAUGUAUUUUACUACAACUGUUUUAAGUAUUAAAAGUAUUUCUACUUGAUAUCCAUUUUGAUAUAUAUAUAUUUUUGAAUGUAUGCAUUUGUUAUUUGAAUUCUUGUGCAUGUUGCCUACAGUCAUCUAGACUGAACAAUGUCUUGAAUUGUACUGUGUGUUUAUGGAGUAUCUGGACUGCUUAAAACUCAAUGGGUAAUAAAGACAAUUGAUUGGCCACUUUUUAGCCCACUCAAAAUGCAUUACUAUACUGAAGCUGCUAGUUUUUAAUAGUCGGAACACAAAUCACCUUAAUAUGCCAGUGUUCAUUGAGAGAAUAAAAUUGUUGAUAUGAAAUCACCUACAGGAUAUUAUUUUACCUAAAGUAAAAAUGAAAGUAUUAGACACAUCAGCAACUGGUACUUUUAGUUUAUUAGUUAACUGCAGUUGGACAACAGCAGAAGUACAAGCAUAAAAGUUUGACUAUAACAGUGAUUAGAGCAACAUGUUUUGAUUACUUUUUCCGAAAAAAAAAAAAAAAAGUAUUA